AUGUCGGACGCGGAACACGAAUGGAAGCCCAAGGCUCGGCCUCAGUCCACUAUGGCGCAGGCCUUUUCGACAGCACUCGACAGCGCCUUCUCGUUGGACAGCGACGUCAAUAACCUGUCCCUUAGCAUUGAUCAGAAGAAGCAACAGAUGAUGAUCCAAAGCCGCGAGCUCCAAGCUCUGCAGGAGCGCAUCCGCGAGGCCGAAGAGCGUCUGAAACGCCAGUCGGUUUACGGCGGCUCUUCGGCACAGUGCAACCGUGGAGGAGAGGCCCAGACAGCCGCUCCCUCAGGAGACGCUACCAUCACUGAGCAGCCUCAGGAGCAGGAGCAGGAGCAGGAGCAGGAGCAGGAGCAGGAGCAGGAGCAGGAGCAGGAGCAGGAGCAGGAGCAGGAGCAGGAGCAGGAGGCAAACGAGUCUUGA